AGCUGAGUCAACUAAAGUCAACGGCGGUCAUAGAGGGGCAGGAGGUGGAAGGCUUCUUUGCCUUCAACUUCACGUUCGAGCAGAUUCAGAUCCUCAGAGAGCAGUGGAGCAGCGAUACCAGUGGCGGGACAAGACCCUUCACGGCCGUUUAUCCAUCCCCACGCUCUCCGCUGUGCUUGACCUCGUGCUCUCCGCCAAUCAAAACCCCCAGCUGCUGGCUGCUAGAGGCAACCGACAAGUGGGGCUGAUGCUGGAACCCAGACCUUCCGACACCAACUCCAUCCUCCGGGCCCCUCCCCCUCCUGCCCUGCCCGCCCACCACCCCUCUCCGAGCGUGCAUUUUGGACGCUAUCGCACUCUAUGCCGUGGCCGUCGCACCAGAGAAGCACCUGGUGCUGCUAGUCACGGCACAAGAAGCUGCUCAACCAGACCCUUUCAUUUUCGUGAUGAUCCAACCAGCCAGCUUCUACUGACCACCAUCUCCCUCUUCCCUGUUAUCUCUUCCCCCGUCCCUCCCACCCCCCCCCAGCCAUCCAACACCAACCCCAUUCUCCAGGCCCCUCCUCCCUCCUGCCCGCCAACCGCUUCCCUGCGAGCCUGCAUGCUCGACAUUAUCGCUCUCUACGCAGUGGCCAUCGCACCGGAGAAGCACCUGGUGCUGCCGGUGGAGUCGUGGCACAAGAAGCUGCUCAACCAGACACUAUCCUUGGCCAUCGCACCAGAGAAGCACCUGGUGCUGCCGGUGGAGUCGUGGCACAAGAAGCUGCUCAACCAGACCGACCUCGUCUCCCUCGCUCACGACCCAACCCGCCAGCUCGCCGUGCUGCCCUGGCCUUUUGCAAAUGACUGGAUCUUCCUUUCACUCAGCUAUGAACUUGUGGAGUGGAUGGGCUGUCUUAUUCCUCCCUUUAUCCCACUUCUCUCCCCUCGUGUCAUCCCAUCUCUCCUCUCCCCUCGUGUCAUCCCAUCUCUCCUCUCCCCUCGUGGCAUCCCAUCUCUCCUCUCCCCUCGUGUCAUCCCAUCUCUCCUCUCCCCUCGUGGCAUCCCAUCUCGCUCUCCUCUGUCUCCUCAGGACCCUUUGAACGAGUAUGCCAUGUUUGUGGAGGCCGUGGGAGUGGAUGGGCUCUUCUCUGACUUCCCUGCCACCGCCCUUAAAUACCUCCGUAAGUAUUUCUUUUAG